UGGAGGAGGUGUGUCGGAAAUACCAGCUUCAGCAUUGAGCUGCUGUUGCUCUCGGGGAAGAGUUUAGGAAAGUCCUCUCUCAGCAAGUCUGAAGUGGAGUUGGAGCAUUGGCUAACUUGUGUUUGCCUGCAUGCUGUCUCCUUGCCAACCGGGUGAGGUCGGCGACCACUUUUUGAAGAGCUGCUUUUGCCGAGGUUUACGUUAUUUACCUCCUUCUACAAUCCUCGCAUUUCAAAAGUCUUGCUGGAGUUUGUUCCUGUGCGUUGUCUAGGGGUUACCUGGAUGGACAGUCUGUACAGUUUCUAAUUUAAUCAAAAGCUACUUCUUCACUGGAAAAAGGCAAUUGAACAACAUUCAGUGUGACUUAAGGAGCUGACAUGAACCUGGAGCAGUUGGCUGAGAAAGAGCUUUGCAAAGAUGAGGAAGAACAGAAGAUUUUGAGUGGUGCAAGUUCAGUUUCAGUGCUUACUCCAUUUGCUGCAGUCCCUCCCCUAGAUCUCAGUCACCCAUUUUUUGAUGUUGCAAGGCAUGGAAUAGUCCAAGUAGCAGGUGAUGACAAUUAUGGAAGAAAACUGGUUAUUUUUAGCAGUUGUCGAAUGCCUCCUUCCCAUCAGCUUAACCAUCGGAAGUUGCUCGAAUACCUGAAGUACACUCUGGACCAGUAUGUUGAGAGCGAUUAUAUUCUUGUUUACUUUCAUUACGGGCUCCGGAGUAGCAACAAACCAUCUUUAAGUUGGCUACAGCAUGCCUACAAGGAAUUUGACAGAAAAUACAAGAAAAAUCUCAAAGCCCUUUAUGUUGUGCACCCGACAAAUUUUAUUCGAAUCCUUUGGAAUAUUUUCAAGCCAAUUAUAAGUCAUAAAUUUGGAAAGAAGGUAAUAUAUGUAAACUACUUAAGUGAACUGAGAGAACAUCUGAACUAUGAUCAGCUCAUCAUUCCUUCUGAAGUGAUUAGGUAUGAUGAAAACCUAAGAGCAUCUCAAAAGGGAGGACCACCUCAACCAGCAAAGACACCCCCACCUCGACCUCCGCUUCCCCAGCAACAAUUCGGAGUCAGUCUGCAAUAUCUCCGGGACAAAGGAAAUGGAGAUCUCAUUCCUCUGGUAGUGAGACAGACUGUACAGUUCCUGAAGCAGAAAGCACUUAAAACUGAAGGUUUAUUCAGACGAUCAGCCAAUAUCCAGGUCAUCAAGGAAAUCCAGAAACAAUAUAAUCUGGGAAAACCGAUUAAAUUUGAGGAGUAUAGAGAUGAGCAUAUUCCAGCGGUCAUCUUGAAAACUUUCUUCCGCGAGCUUCCGCAACCACUUCUAACCUCUCAGAUUUAUGACCAGGUCCAAAGCAUUGGAAGUGUUGAAAGCAGUCUACGAGUAACUCGAUGCAAGCAAAUAAUACAAAAACUUCCAGAACACAACUACAUUGUGGCAAAAUACUUGAUAUGCUUUCUUAACAUGGUAUCCCAGGAGAGUAUCUUUAAUAAAAUGAACCCAUCAAACUUGGCCUGUGUCUUUGGAGUGAACCUGAUCUGGCCCACAAAUGGACCUGCAACUUUGCACGCUCUAACUCCAAUAAACAUGUUCACUGAGCUACUGAUUGAGUACUACAGCCAGGUCUUCAGCUGCAGGAUUCUGCCCAAUGAGGUGCUGCCAUAAACACUACUAUAAACACUGUCAGUCAACUGAUCUUAAUGGGUACCCAUGUUAUUGAUGGAAAAGCCAACUGCUGUAGUCUGUUCUGUAUUUUAUUACAUUGACCUCAGACCCUGAUUGAAUGGCUGUCACAUUUUGAUGCUUGAAUUUUGUUUGUCUCUUGCUUCUUCACCAUCUUUGUAUCAGCAAGUGAUAAAAUGAUCAGAAGUUGUUUCAAUUGGCUAGUUAAGUGCCAUUAAAAUUCUCGUUGAAUUCUCUCUAUAAAAUGAGAAAACUGAUGUUAAAAAGUCAGUGUUUUUGUCUGUAUACAUGGUAGACUUUUGAUAGGCCUGUUACUUUUCCUUUUAUUUGUCAAGUUCUAGUUUUGCCUGAAUAGUAGGGGAGGUGCAAGUUUGUCCUUUGCCUGCUGAACUGUGGGUAUGUGUAGUUCAGGGAUUAAAACAAGAAAAUUUAUAUUUCUUAAUAUUUAACAUUUGUGAAAAAUCUGCAAUUUCUCAUGUGUUGUCAGGACAGAAUCUUAAUGUGACUCACACAUUUGUGCCAUAAAGUAGUACUAAUCUUCUGUUGCACAUUGUUGUUAAGGGCUAUGAGACCCCAAUGUUUCCCUAUCCAAUAAUAUUAGUGUAAAAGAGUAAUCUAAUAAGAGUAAAUAAGGCCAAAUGUAUUUAAUGUCACUCAAGUUUAAGGGCACGUUGGCUUCCGAAGGUAAGGGAGUGGUAGUAUUAUGUAGUGUCUGCAACAAAUGUAGAGACCAGUAGUGAUGCACCUGUUAAACCAGAAAGCUUCAACACGAAACAUUUCUUCCCCUGUGCUAGUUUUACUUUUAUAUUCUGCUUGAGAAUUCUCAUUCUGAGUUCUCAGUGACCAUUAAUGUUGAAAUAUGAAGACUUUCAAGUUAAAAUCCUGAAACGUUAGCAGCUGAGUUGGGACCAUUGAGGUUUCUUUCACAUCACACUAUUGCAGGUGUCAGACUAAACUGUCUCAACUCUGCACACUGGGUUUGAUUUCAGUAUGAAGUGCAAGAAGACCAGCCUACUUGUGCCACAAAUUGACAAUUUGUAUUUAAAAGGGAAGGAAGUUUUUCUCAUCCACUAUUUAUAUUUUUGUUAAGUUAAUAAAAUGUGACAUUGACUGCACUGUC